GCAUCAGCGGUUCUGAACUGAAGAGAUCAGCCUGGAGUCUGCCUCAGUUUCUCUCACUGGCAGCCGUCGCGCGCAUCCGUGCCGGGAUACGAUAGCUUUCAUACGGGCAUUCGCUGGCAGGAGACUCGGCUCUAUUUAUCCACACUUGAAGCUUUAAAAUUGUGCUUUUAUGUGUGACGCUUAUAUUCUGACGUUUUAAUGCGUUAUCUUAUACGAUUUUAUAUAUGUAUAUUAGUAGUUGUUUGACAGUUGGGGUUAAUUGGAUGCUCACACCAUUGCCUUUUUAAAUAGGCGGAUGGUUAAAGAAUAACUUACAUUAAGUGCUAAUGGUAGCAGCACAACAGCAAAACUCAGGUUGUUUAGUCUUUUAGGUGUAAUUACGUUAUUUUUUUUUAAAGCAAAGUCGCAACGGUAUUAGACAUGAUUGUGAACAUUGUCGUGGAGUUUUUCGUGGUCAUUCUGAAAGUUCUCUGGGCCGUCGUGAUGGCCGGACUCAAGUGGCUCAUACGGCCGAAGGAGAAGAGCGUAGCGGGACAGGUGUGUUUGAUCACCGGGGCGGGCGGCGAACUUGGGCGGCUCUUCGCGAAGGAGUUCGCCCGGCGCCGGGCUACACUGGUGCUGUGGGACAUCAACAGCCACAGCAAUGAGGAGACUGCGGAGAUGGUGAGACAGAUCUACAGAGAGGAAGACAACCCGAUGUCCAAAGAGGGAGCUGUCGAUGGUGUGGAAGAGGUCCCUCCGUUUCAGCCGCAGGUGUAUACGUACGUGGUUGAUGUGGGCAAGAGGGAGAACGUGUACUCCACAGCAGAGAAAGUGCGCAGGGAGGUCGGUGAAGUGAACUUGUUGAUCAACAACGCUGGUGUUGUGUCCGGCCACCACAUGCUGGAAUGCCCCGAUGAGCUGAUCGAGAGGACCAUGGUGGUGAAUUGCCAUGCACACUUCUGGACCACCAAGGCAUUUCUUCCCAAGAUGCUAGAGAUGAACCAUGGCCACAUUGUGACAGUUGCCAGUUCACUGGGCCUUUUCAGCACAGCUGGUGUGGAGGAUUACUGCGCUAGCAAGUUCGGUGCCAUCGGUUUCCACGAGUCCCUGAGCCACGAAAUCAAGGCUUCGGAGAAGGACGGUAUCAAGAUGACGUUGGUGUGUCCUUACCUGGUGGACACGGGCAUGUUCAGAGGAUGCAGAAUAAGGAAAGAGAUUGAGCCAUUUCUCCCUCCACUGAGACCAGAGUUCUGUGUGACACAGUCCAUGAGGGCCAUCCUGACAGACCAGCCCAUGAUCUGCACACCUCGCAUUGUAUACAUGGUCAACUUUAUGAAAAGCAUUUUGCCCUUCGAAGCAAUCGUGUGCAUGUACCGGUUCCUGGGUGCAGACAAGUGCAUGUACCCCUUCCUUGCUCAGAGGAAAGAGGCGAUGAACAACAACGAGGCAAAAAACGGGAUCUAGAGGGCGCUGUUUCCAACCCGCAUGAGGAUAAGACCACUGAGAGAGCAGAAGGAAGUGAAAAGACUGAGUUUAGACUGGUGCACUUGCAUUUGGCAGAUGCAAAGGUUUACCAUAUUGUUCCUCUGGAACAAAGAAAGCUGUGUACUACACUAAGGAUUUAUUUGUUGAUUUAUGUGUUGUCUUUUUUUAAAGUUUGUUCCAUCUAUAUACUGUGUCAAUAGUUUUGAAAUCAUACAUGAGCUAUUCAGUAAUUAACUAUUUACGUAAUGUAGUCACCAGCAUUAUCUAGAGUCUGUGUGAAACUAUACAGUAUGUUACUGUACGAACAGUAAAUUCUUGUCACUUUUUUUUGUUUUGUUUGUGUGUAGACAUGCACUGUAUUUACUUUCCUCUACACUGCCAACAUUAUCUACACCGUUCAAUGUGGCACCACGCCACUGUUCCCCUAUUCGAUACAUUUAAAGGCAGAAGCAGGAGAUCAUGUGUCCGAUAGAGCCCAGUUAUGAACCAUGUGAUGUUAUAGAUUAAAUAUUUUGCAUUCCCCCCUCAUUUCUUUUUGUUGACAUCAUGAGAAGUGGGUCAAACGCUGGACUGUUUCCAGUUGCUGGUGGGAAGGAAUUUUAUUUUUUUACUCUUUAAUCUACAGACGCAUGUGGUAUUUUGUCCCACAUAUGGUAUGUAAAUGUCAAUCUAAAAGGGAUGGCCUGAUUUUCUUGUCAUUAUCAUAUUAAGUACGUUGCCCAUUUUGAACUUGUGCAUCAACUGAAAAAUACUGUUUUGGUUACAUACCUUUAUUUUAUUUUUUUUAAUAAUUGACUCAUUAUGAAAUGGGAUUGAGUAACAUGAGGAUGAAUAUGAUGCAUUUUCACAUUUGUUAAUUUAAUGCUUUUCCUUUUUGUUAUACAAACCUGAACCAUUGAGUUUCCACAGAUAUUUUGUAUGUUUAGGCAUGACAAAACACAUGAGUUUAAACUACAUUCCAAUAGGCAUGUGAUGAGCCUAAAAUCUCUACCUCUUCAUUUUUGCCAUUUGUUAACAGUAUGACAUAAAUACUCUUUGUAACUUUCCUAAAGAGUGCUCUAUAUAGGAGCACACAACAUGGUUCCAAUGUUUAGUGUCUCUACCUAACUUAAAUUAAUAAAAUGAUUUAGAUUAUU